AUGUUCCAACCUCCUAGACUGAACUCAGACACUCUGCAGCAGCUGACUGUAGUUGUGUAUGAAGCUCAGGACAAGGACUUGACUCAGUGGUUCCUGGAGAAGGUUGGUGGAGACCUGACCUCCUGCAGGCUGGACCUGGAAGUGCUUCUCUCUCUGCUGCAGCAUUCAACCCACAACAUCACUGUGGACCUCAGGAAGAACAGGCUCCUAGAGAAGAACAUCUCAGAUCUUCUCCCCUUUCUGGGAAGGGUUAUAUUCAAGAGGUGGGAGAACUUCUUUCUCUAUUCAGACUUUCUAGAAAGAAGAACAUAACUAUUUAUAUCCAGUGACAUGUUGUUCUGAGUGAUCCUCUGUAAUAUCAUUAGGGUUUUAUUCAAGAGGUGAGAGAUCUUUAUUCAAUAUUUAUAGACUUUAAUUAUUAAUGUCCUGUCCAGCCAGUUGUUGCUAUGUGAGUUAUCCUUUAUGAAACCUUGACAUAACCACAACAAUCCAUUCUCCAUGUUUGUUCAGGUCCAGUUCCAGCUUUGUAAAGUCCACCAUCAGACAGAUCUAUGACAGCAGAGCCAGUGACUGUGUGUCCAGUUUGUUGAGGUCUUCAGACCAUUGGAUCAACCUGAACAGCAGAGAGCUGGACAGAGUGGACUGUACUGCUCUGUGUUUUACCCUGCAGGACUGCCACCAAGUCAAAGUCAACUGCUGUGGACCUCAGUACACGGGGUAGAUAGAGGCACCUGCAUCUUCUGGACAGAGUCUACCAAACUCAGGUUUAGUUGGCACUCUUUGACCCUGCUAGAAUGGAUAUGAGGCUUUCCAUUUUUGACUGAUUAACCUUUUAACCUUAACCCUGUUCGAAUGACCACUACACCUGAACAUUCACUGGGGUGGAAUUGACAGGGAACGCCGGGGGCGUGACAUGAUAAAACAGGAGGUAGUUUGUAGUGUGUUUUAUCAGUUGUUUUCAAGUGUGAUGGUGUUUUAAAUAGUCCUCUUGUCUGUCUCUGGCUCUGUCUCCCUCCUAUAUAAUAUCGUGCUGUUCUUGUAGCUGUGUUUUAUUCUCUUUUUGUCUAUCUUCUUGUAUGUUCUGUUGUUUUACUAUUGUUAGCUGUCUCGGUUAUCUUGUCUCUCUCUCUUCUCUCUCUAUCUGUCUCGGUAUCAUGUCUCUGUCUCUGCUAUGUCUCUGUCUAUGUCUCUCUCUCUCCUCUCUCUCUCUCCUCUCUCUCUCUCUCUCUCUCUCUCUCUUCUCGCUAUCUUGUACUCUGUUCUCUUUGUUAUCUUGUAUCUUGUCUUCUGUCUCUGUCGCUCUGUCUAUCUCUUUUCUCUGUAUCGUCUCUGUCUCUGUUGUCUCUGUCUCUGUAUCGUGGAGCUGUAUAUGUAUAUCUGUUACUCUGUCUCUGGUAUAUACUCCUGUUCUUGUAUCAUGUAUCUGUAUCUGUCAUCUGUCUAUUGUAUAUCUCUCUGUAUAUGGAGAGGGAGAGGGAAGAGGGAGAGAGAGGGAGAGGUAGAGGGAGAUAGAGAGAGAGAGAGAGAGCGAGAGAGAGAUAAGAGAGAAUGAGAGAGGAAGAGAUGAUAGAGAGCUCUCGCGGUAUGUCGAGGGAGAGGUGUAGCGUGAAGAUGUAGCGGGAGAGAAGAGGAGAGAGAGAGAGAGGAGACGAGAGCUAGAGAGAGAGCGAAGAGACGAGAGGAGCGGGAGAGGGACGAGGGAGAGAGAGAGAGAGAGAGAGAGAGAGAGAGAGAGAGAGAGAGAGAGAGGAGAGAGGGAGAGAGAGAGAAGAGAGAGAGAGGAGAGAGAGAGAGAGAGAGCGAGAGGAGCAGAGCGGGGGAGAGGGAGAGAGAAGGAGAGAGAGAGUGAGAGAGGGGAGAGAGACGAGAGAGAGAGAGAGAGGAGAGAGAGAGAGAGGGGGAGAGCGGGGGAGAGGAGAGAGAGAGAGAGAGAGAGAGAAGAGCAGAGGAGAGAGAGAGGAGUAAAGAGAGAGAGGAGAGAGAGAGAGUAGAGAGAGGAGAGAGAGAGAGAGAGCGGAGAGGAGAGAGAGGGAGCGAGAGAGAGGAGGCGGAGAGAGGGAGAGAGAGGAGAGAGAGGGAAGAGAGAGAGAGAGAGGGGGAGAGCUAGAGGCGAGAAGAGAGGGGGAGAGAGAGAGAGAGAGACGAGAGAAGAGAGAAGAGAGAGAGGAUAGAGCUAGAGAGGAAGAGAGAGAGAGAGAGAGACGAGAGAGAGAUGAGAGCGAGGAGAGAGAGGAGAGAGAGAGAGAGCGAGGAGCUAGAGAGAGAGAGGGAGAUAGAGUAGGAGCGGGCGAGAUCUAUUAUCGAGGGUGGAGAGCGAGAGAGAGCGAGCUCGAGUGGGAUGCGAGGAGCGGAGAGAGAGCGAGCGGGGGUGAGAUCUUCUAGUAUAUCUCGAUCUCUCUCUCGCUAUCUAUCUCGCGACAUAUCUACUCGAGUCGAGCUAGUCAUUCCGCUAUCUCGUCGCUAUCUAAUUCUAUGUGUAGGUUGACAGGAGGGUUUCUGCUGAGUGUCCCUCCAGUGCUGUGCUGGCAUGCCUCUGCAGAUCCAGCCAUGCGGGGCACCACCACCACCACCACCACCACAACAGCAGUAUGGAUGCUCAGGUCUCUGCACUACAGGCUGGACUUCUCCUGCUCCUCCUCUGUGGACCUGUCAGCUCAGGACCAGGAGGAGGCUCUGUGUCUGACCACUGACCAUGCAGGGCCAUCCACCUGUUUCUGAAGCAGAACCAACAAACGAGCAGCACCAGCUGGUCCAGAACCAGGUGCAGACAUCCUAAGAGACCUGUGAGGUCGGGUGGAGGACAGAGCAUGAGGCAGUUUGCUUCCCAUCCUGAGUUGUCAAGCUGAGGUUUAGACACACCAAAGACAAACAUUUAACAAAAACUAGUUCAUCAGUAGGAGCUAGACCUCCUGGGUCAUAAUGUGAUCUUUCUGCCUCUUGUCCUGUCAGCACCAGCAAAGCGCUGCUACGUCAGGCUGCGACCUUGUGGGAGGGGAUUGAAGAGGGGGUGCUGAGGCACGCAGGUCCACUGUGCAGAGCCCUGGAGGAGAGCUGGAACUCAGUGAGACCAGGCUGACCAGAAGGCCUGUGGAUCUUGGCCUGGUUCUGGAAACUCAGAGGGGGCCUGUCAGAAUGGACCUACUCAGCCCCUUGUCAACUCGCGACCACCCCUACAGGCCUGACUACACCACCUGACAAAGUAAAGUCCUGGUGGAGGAGUGGAUUUCAACGUGUUGUGUGUGUGGGUGUGUGGGUGUGUGUGGUGGGGGUGGUGUGUGUGUUGUGAAUAAUGAAAAAUGUCGGAUCACGCGGGUGUCUGUAUCUCUCGAGGUCUCUCUAUCUCUCUGUCUAUGAGAGAGCUAGGAGAGAGGAGAGAGAGAGAGAGAGAAGAGCGUGAGCGAGAGAGCGCGAGGGAUAAGCGAAGCUCGGAGAGAAUAGCAGCGCUCUCGAGAGAAAGAGAUAGAGAGAGCUGAGAGCAUCUAGAUCGAGAGAUACUAGUAGGAGCAAUCGCGAGAUAGAGAGAGAGAUAGCUGAGCUACACGAUAUUUCGCGUAUAUAUGAUACGAUUCAUCUAUAUCUCUCUCUCUCCUCUUCUCUCUCUCCUAUAUCUCUCUCUCUCUCGCUAUCUAUCUCUCUCUCUCUCUCUCUCUCUUCUCGAUCUCUAUCUCUAUCUAGCUCUCCUAGUACCUGAGUCACAAUGACAUCACUGAUGCUCUGACUGACAAAAUACUCCAACUGGUCUCCACCAACACUUCAAUACACACCGUACGGUAAGGGUGUGUGUGACGGUGAGCAGAGCGUGUGUGAGAGAUCAUAUGGGUGUGUCUGUUGCUGGGAGCAACUGUUGGAGGAUGGAGAUCUGUUGUUUAAUGUUCUAAUAAUGAUUAAUAAUAGUAAUGUUCUUCUCUACAGACUCUUCAACAACAGAAUCCAGGACAGAAGACCCUUCCUGACAGACAAGAGGUUUGAGAUCUGGUGA